GUCGCCCCACUCAGCUCACACGGCUGCAUCUGCUCCAGCUAUGAAGUGGUUCUUCCAUGCCCUUCUCUGCAUGGCCAGCCUGAAGCCCUUGGGAGCCUUCAAUGUGGAUGUGGACUGGUCCUGGGUCACAGCACCCCAGCCAGGUGCGCCUUCCGUGCUCAACUCCCUUCUGCAUCAAGACCCCAGCAGCAACCAGACCUGCCUCCUGGUAGCCAGACGCAGCUCCAACAGGAAUUCAGCAGUCCUGUAUCGAUGCGCUACAUCCAUCAUUCCAGAUGAAAUUGGUUGCCAGCCAGUAGAGCACAUCCUUAUGCCAAAGGGCAGGUACCAGGGAGUGACAUUGGUCGGGAACCACAAUGGUGUUUUGGUAUGCAUUCAGGUACAGUCCCGGAAACCCCGCAGCCUCAACUCGGAGCUCACCGGUGCCUGCAGCCUACUCACCCCCAACUUGGACCUCCAGGCGCAAGCCUACUUCUCUGACCUUGAAGGAGUCCUGGAUCUGGGUGCAUCUGUGAACUCUGGUGACUACUACGGAAGCAAAGGAGGCAGCACAGGGGAGGAGACGAAAUCAGCCAGGAGACUUCGACGACAGGCAGUGGAGGAGGAAGACGAGGAGGAAGCUGGCACCGAAAUCGCUAUUGUUCUGGAUGGCUCAGGAAGCAUCGAACCCUCAGACUUCCAGAAGGCCAAAGAUUUCAUCUCUACGAUGAUGAGGAACUUCUAUGAAAAGUGUUUUGAGUGCAACUUUGCCCUGGUGCAGUAUGGGGGCGUGAUCCAGACUGAGUUCGAUCUUCUAGACAGCCGGGACAUCAACGCCUCCCUUGCCAAAGUUCAGAGCAUCGUUCAAGUGAAGGAAGUCACUAAGACCGCCUCGGCCAUGCAGCAUGUCCUAGAUAACAUCUUCAUUCCAAGUCGUGGCUCCAGAAAGAAAGCAUUGAAGGUUAUGGUGGUGCUUACUGAUGGUGACAUAUUUAGGGACCCUCUCAACCUUACGACUGUCAUCAGUUCCUCAAAGAUGCAGGGUGUUGUGCGCUUUGCCAUUGGGGUAGGCAAUGCAUUCGAGAAUAAUAACACUUACAGAGAACUGAAGCUGAUUGCCUCAGACCCUGAAGCGGCCCACACUUUCAAGGUGACCAACUACUCGGCUCUGGAUGGGCUGCUGAGCAAGCUACAGCAGAGGAUCAUCCACAUGGAAGGCACAGUUGGAGACGCCCUUCAAUAUCAACUCGCACAGACUGGCUUCAGUGCUCAGAUCCUGGACAAGGGGCAGGUGUUGCUUGGCACUGUGGGGGCCUUUAACUGGUCUGGGGGCGCGCUGCUCUACAACACACAGAAUGGUCGGGGCCGCUUCCUAAACCAGACAGCCAAGGAGGACUCCAGGGCUGCACAGUACAGCUACCUCGGUUAUUCAGUUGCAGCGCUACACAAGGCCCAUGGCGUCUCCUACGUGGCAGGGGCUCCAAGGCACAAGCUCCGUGGGGCUGUGUUUGAGCUCCAGAAGGAGGACGGAGAGGAAACCUUCGUGCGACGGAUAGAAGGAGAGCAGAUGGGGUCCUAUUUUGGCUCUGUGCUGUGCCCUGUGGAUAUCAACAUGGAUGGAAUCACAGAUUUUCUGCUGGUGGCAGCUCCAUUUUACCACAUCCGUGGAGAAGAAGGCAGAGUCUAUGUGUACCGCGUGCACGAGCAGGAUGCUCCUUUCUCCUUGGCAUACACACUGAGUGGGUACCCUGGGCUCACCAGUAGCCGCUUCGGCUUUGCCAUGGCAGCUGUGGGGGACAUCAAUCAGGAUAAAUUCACAGAUGUGGCCAUUGGGGCCCCUCUGGAGGGCUUUGGGGCAGGCGAUGGGGCCAGCUAUGGCAGCGUGUACAUCUACAAUGGACACUCAGGUGGCCUGCAUGCCAGUCCCUCCCAGCAGAUCAGAGCCUCCUCUGUGGCCUUGGGACUCUACUACUUUGGCAUGUCUGUGUCUGGUGGUUUAGAUUUCAGUGGCGAUGACCUUGCCGACAUCACAGUUGGCUCUCGGGAUGUGGCAGUUGUGCUCCGCUCACGACCUGUGGUGGACCUGACUGUGUCUAUGACCUUUACCCCCGAUGCGCUGCCCAUGGCCUUCAAGGACAAGAUGGAUGUAAAACUGUGCUUCAAAGUUGACUCUUCAGCUGUACCUUCUGAACCAGGCCUGAGAGGGAUGUCACUAAACUUUACCGUGGAUGUGGAUGUGACCAAGCAGAGGAAGAGGCUGCAGUGUGCAGACCCGAGUUCUUGUCAAAGCUGCCUUAGGAAGUGGAGCGGAGAGUCCUCUCUGUGUGAACACUUCGGGCUCAACUCCACAGAGGAGGAGUUUUGUGAGGAUGACUGCUUCUCCAACAUCACCAUCAAGGUCAGCUAUGAGUUCCAGACAUCCGAGGAAAGGAGGAACCACCCCAACCCCAUCCUGGACCACUACAAGGAACUCUCUGCCAUCUUCCAGCUACCCUAUGAGAAGAACUGCAAGAACAAAGUGUUCUGCAUCGCUGAGAUCCAGCUGACCACCGCCAUCUCUCAGCAAGACCUGGUGGUGGGUGUCACAAAGGAGGUGACCAUGAACAUCAGCCUGACUAACUCUGGGGAAGAUUCUUACAUGACAAACAUGGCUCUGAAUUAUCCCAGAAACUUACAGUUUAAGAAGAUACAAAAGCCACUCUCUCCAGAUAUUCAGUGUGAUGACCCCAAGCCAGUCGCUUCUGUCCUGGUCAUGAACUGCAAGAUUGGUCACCCCAUACUCAAGAGAUCAUCUGUAAAUGUCUCAGUGACUUGGCAGCUAGAGGAGAGUAUCUUUCCAAAUAGGACAGCAGAUAUCACUGUGACCAUCUCCAAUUCCAAUGAGAAGUCUUUGGCCAGAGAGACCCACAGCCUUCAAUUCAGGCAUGCCUUCAUUGCAGUUCUUUCCAGACCGUCAGUGAUGUACAUGAACACGAGCCAAAGCUCUUCUGACCACAAAGAAUUCUUCUUCAACGUGCAUGGGGAGAAUCACUUUGGAGCUGUAUUCCAGUUGCAAAUUUGUGUCCCCAUCACAUUACGAGAUUUACAGAUUAUAAGAGUGAAGCAUCUGACAAAGAUUCAGGCCCACACUGAGUGCACCCAGAGUCAAGAGCCCACGUGUGGAAGCGAUCCUGUUCAGAAUGUGGAAGAAUGGCAUUCAGUGAUCUGCGCUAUCACAUCUAAUAAAGAAAAUGUAACCGUGGCCGCAGAGAUCUCCAUGGGCCACACUAAGCAGUUACUAAGAGAUAUAAGUGAACUGCAGAUCCUUGGUGAAAUAUCUUUCAACAAAUCUCUCUAUGAGGGGCUGAAUGCAGAGAACCACAGGACAAAGAUCACCGUCAUCUUCCUGAAGGAGGAGAAGCCACACUCCCUGCCUCUAAUCAUUGGCAGCAGUAUCGGAGGCCUCCUGGUCCUGGUCGUGAUCAUAGCCAUUCUGUUCAAGUGUGGCUUUUUCAAAAGAAAAUAUAAACAGCUGAACUUGGAGAGCGUAAGGAAGGCACAGCUGAAGGCUGACAGUCUGCUCGAAGAUUAGCCCCUGCUUCCUCACCUGAAGGAGGGAGCUUGAGCCAGUCCGGAAGAAGCCCGGAUGCCCCCUGUCGGGCUCCUUACUCUCUUUAGGACAAUCUAGCAACAUCAAACAAACUGUAGAGUGUUGUUCGUAGCCACACAUUAUCUCCACAGUGUCUGUGAAUUGUGAAAAAGGGAAACUUGGGACAUGCGGUAAUAAAUACAUUUACCUUUACAGU